CUUCUUAAUUCUUUGCGGUUGAGGUUUUCCUUUUGAGCAAAAAAAGUCAAGUCCGCGUCCUCGGUCAUCAUGUCUUUACAAGAUGCCUCGACUUGGCCGCAAUAUGCCACAAUCGAUCCCGAGUUUGACGCGGCUCUCAAAGCCAUUGGCAAGCUGCCUAGCCUGGACGGGCCCGACGUCCCAACGCUCCGUAAAAUUGUGCUCGGCUUCAUAGAGCAAGCCGCAGCAGCGACGGGGCCUCCAGACUAUUCCGGUGUCAAGAAGUCGACGAUUGAGAUACCCACCAGGGAUGGAUCGUCUAUACCUGCGCUUCUGUACCAGCCGGAGUCUCCGCCAUCUUCCGGCAGCCCUCUUGCAGUGCUCUACCACGGAGGCGGCUUCUGCGUUGGCAUACCCGAAAUGGAAGAACCUUUCGCACUCCAGCUGGUCCGCAACAACGGUGCUGUUGCGAUCAGCGUCGAUUAUCGCAUGGCGCCCGAGCAUGUCUUCCCUACGCCGAUCACAGACUCAUUCGACGCUCUCAAAUGGGCUGCAAAAAGCGCGGCGUCGCUGGGUGCAGAUCCAACUAAAGGCUUUCUUGUCGGAGGCUUGUCUGCUGGAGGGAACAUAUCUGCCGUUCUUUCGCAUUUAGCCCGUGAUGAGAAGUUGAACCCACCGCUUACGGCCGUUUGGCUCGACUGCCCUGCCCUCGUGAGCCAAGAAGUGUUGCCGGAGAAAUAUCGAAAGGAUCACAGUAGUUACCAGCAGAACGCCGAUGCGCCUCUGCUAGACGUGAAAUCGAUUGACUUCUUCAUGCGAAAUUACAAGCCAGUCGUGUCUGAUCCGCAGCUCAACCCGUUGCUGUGGCCCGGUGGACACAAAGAUCUACCCCCACAUCUGAUCCAAUGUGCAGGCUUGGAUCCUCUUCGAGACGAUAGUCUCAUAUACUCGCGUGAGUUGAAAGAACAAGGUGUCCAAGUGACGACCUUCGUAUAUCAGGGCGUGCCGCACGGGUUCGGCCCAGCGUUUCCCCAAAUUAGCGCUGCACAAAAGUUCGUCAAAGAUAGGGCCGAAUGGGUCACUGCACAGCUCGGAAAACGAUGAAGACGGAAUGAGUUUGCAAGUAAUUUAUAGCAUAACCAAUAAAUACCAUAUCCCG